AGGAAACUGAGGAGUUAUAAGAGCCAGCCGGCAAGUUCCUUAUGCCCCCCCUCUCUACCGAACCCCCCUAACACAGGCAGAGGACAGCGGCGUGGGUCUGAACGAGCAGGAGAAAAUCAGUCCACAGAGUAAUGUCAGUAUUAACAGCGCACACAGACAGAUAGCAGAUAGCUUCAGGAGCCGGUAGUCGUUCAGACGUUUCGAUCGUCUGUGUUUCUAAGAGGAGGACUUCGUUUCCUGUGUUGUUAUCCCUCAGACCGAGCAGCCGAUGGUGUUUCAUCUUUUCAGAUAACAGCUAAAAAGAAGAGAUGCCUCCAAAACAGAAAUCCAAGUCCUGGACAGAACUGAAACAGGCUGGAAAUGAAUGUUUUAAAACGGGCCAGUAUGGAGAGGCCACCAGUCUUUACAGCCAGGCCAUCAAAGAGCUGGAGAAGUCCAGUAAAAAGAAUCCAGAGGAUUUGGGCAUUUUGUACUCAAAUCGUGCAGCCAGCUACCUGAAGGAUGGAAACUGUGGGGAAUGUGUGAAAGACUGCAACAUGUCUCUGGAGUUAUAUCCGUUCAAUGUGAAGUCUCUGCUUCGUCGUGCUGCUGCCUAUGAGGCUCUGGAGCGAUACAGGCAGGCGUACGUAGACUACAAGACCGCUCUGCAGAUCGACUGCAACAUAGCAGCUGCUCACGACGGCACCAACAGGAUGACGAAGGCGCUCACAGAGGCAGACGGUCCCUCAUGGAGAGAAAAGCUGCCUCCCAUCCCCACUGUUCCUCUGUCUGUCCGAGAGAAACUGACCCAGCAAACUGCAGCCAACCCUGCUAAACAAAACCCUGCACCGCAACAGAACGGCACCGUGGAAACAAAAAAAAAGGCUCCCAGCGAUAAGGACAUAAAGAAAGCCCAGACCCUGAAAGAAGAAGGCAACGCUCUGGUGAAGAAAGGAGAGCAUAAGAAGGCCAUAGAGAAGUACAGCCAGAGCCUGAAACACAACCCCACUGAGGUCACGACUUACACCAACCGGGCGCUGUGUUACCUGUCGGUGAAGCAGUACAGAGACGCUGUCAGAGACUGUGACGAGGCUCUGAUGAUUGACAGCAGCAACAUCAAGGCUCUCUACAGGAGGGCUCAGGCUUACAAGGAACUCAAGGACGUUAAAGCCUGUGUGGACGACCUGAACAGUCUGCUCAAAGUGGAACCAAAAAACACGGCCGCCCUGAAGCUGCUGCAGGAGGUGCAGAAGAAGAAGUGAGGACACAUCAGGGACUCCGGAGACGGCGGUAAGGAUCAUCUGUCACUGCACGGAAGACAGAAGAGAGAGAGGAGGACAAAUCAUUGAUGUUUCUAUCAGAACCAAUGCGAUGGAAAGCAGCCAAGCAGUGACGUGAUUCAGCUUUAAGUCAAACGCAGAGUACGUGUUUCCCAAAAGCUCCUUCACCCCGAGCACGUGUUUGGUCACUGGAACAAACACGAGCUUGGUGCUGAGACGCUUCUGGAAAACGCGGCUCUGGUUGGUGUUUGGAGCUGAGGGUGUAUCAGGAAGAAGAGACGCUGCCACUUUCAGCUUUGGGAAUGUUUGUAUUUUAUCAGUUUUAGUUUGUAAGUUUGAAAACUAUUGACACACAUCACAAUUCUACCUGACAAUAAACCUUUACCAUCAUCAUUUAACAUCAUUUAAUUAUGGAGCCUCUGCUGUCAUACUGUCUACCACCAUCCAUACCACAUACUAAUUCUAUAGCAUAUAUCCUACAUACUAAUUGUCAUUGUAUACGCUUUAAGCAGAUAACAUACAAAAACUUUACAGUUUUAUAACAAUAGGAGGUGAUGCAGUACAGCAGUGUCACCGCCGACUUUUUGUGUAAACCUGCUUAGGAGCAGUGUGUUGUUUGGAUUUGGGACAGAGCAACUCCUGGAGUGGUCAGUAUGGGUGAAACGAUCUGUCCUGGCAUAUAUAAAUUUUAUAUCACAAUCCUAUAUAAAAAAAAAAUGUCCUGGAUACUCAAAGCAAUAUCUUCAGAUUUUGUGCGACGGUCAGUCCAAAAGCUAAAGGUGUUAAUCGUACACGACAGAAUAAAGCGGCGUGCAUAUCCACGAUGGUAAAUGUUUACUCAGUAUUUGUUUUACAUGUAAACAACCAUUUUUUUUUCCUCCACAUCAUGUUCUGCACUCAGGUAGUUAACCUAUUUUCUUCUAAAUUUGGUUUUCAUGUGAAUGUUUGUUUUUCUCCGUGGCUUGAUAUUUCUGUUCACGCUGCGUUCGUGUCAUAUGGGCUGGAGGGUAGAGAUGGGACAGACCGCCGUGUUUUCGACUUGAUGUAAUUUUAAAAAACUCUUCUUUGGCAAUAUGAAUAUAAAACUGUGUACAUUAAAUCUGGGGCUUAAUUGCCUUUUCAUCCACUUCUGAAUCUUACAAGUCAAAAACUGGUAAUUAUGAUAAAUCCGAUGUGACAUGAAUGCAGCAUCAGUCUUGAUUCAUUUGCAUAGUUUGAGUUUUGAAUCGUUUCCCACCGAACACAAACAUUAGUGAGGCUUCGGUCACCGCGGCGCCGUCCUCAAACCCAGAGCCUGUUGGAUACAACAGGAAGUGUUCUUACCUUCUUUCCUGCCUCACUUCACUGAGACUUGUGUUUACUACCAUUAGGAUCAAAGCAUCAGUUUGCUCCCUUUCUGUCUGAAAGACAAACAUGUGAACCAAGUAACACGAUCUUCAAACGGGUCUUCGUAUGCUAUGUACUGUCUGUGAGCUCAUUUUAUUUUUCCUGUCAUUUCAUGGUAUUAUUGUGAAACCUGAUUGAUCCAGCUGUGGCUUGGCAGUCUCCAUCCUGCCCAAAGUGCCUGUCAACACCUUUCAUCUGCUGCUCUGGGUUAGUUUCUGCAAAACAGCUGAAAUGGAAAAACGUCAGUUUCUGUGUUACAAACAAACAAACGAUAUAUCAGACCUCCUGAUAUCCAGUGUGUCAUGCAGGGAAUGUUUGUGAAACACACCUACGUUUAUUCAUGUUUGCACAGGCUCCACGUUUUAUCUCCCUUUUAUCACAUUUCUGCUGUUCUCGAACUUUAAUAUUGUUUUUUUUUUUUUGUCAACCUGCUUCUGUUUUAACUGCGAAUAAAAGGAAAUACAUGUA